AUGGCGACCUCCAACCCAUCUGACAGCGUGAUAACGGACAAUCAAAGUCUUGGAGUAGCGGACGGACAGGCGCCAACUCACACAUACGUCCCCAACCAGGGAUACAUAGACGGCAGUGGCACUGGGCACCAGCGGAGACUGGCCCUGGGUCAAUUCAUCCAAGAAGACGACGAAAAUGACGACGAUGAUGAUGAAGACGGAGAAGAUUAUGAAGAAUACUACGACGAUGGUGACGUGGACACCAAUAGACUGGUUGACCCAGAUGAUCUCGCCUCUGGCAAUCCCUCAGAUCUAACCAAGUCAUACAACCGUCAACGGCGGCUCGACGAUGCCAUGGCCAACCCGAACGUACCGUCAUGGCAAUAUCCCAAGGCAAAUCCUCAAAAGUCGUCCAAGCCCGACAUGGGCGAACUGGGGUAUGGCAUGAAAAAGCUGAAGAUCGAAGGCCCAGAGUCGCUGCCCACGGGUCCGUCCAAGGGCAAGGACAAAUCCGACCGUGCCACGUCCGAACAGGUCCUGGAUCCCAAGACACGGCGGAUUCUGUUCCAGAUGAUCAACUCUGGCAUCGUGUCCGAGAUCAACGGCACGAUUUCCACCGGCAAAGAAGCCAACGUGUACCACGCCGUGGCCGCGUCAGACGAUCCAGACGAGCCCGACACCCACGUCGCCAUCAAGGUGUACAAGACCAGCAUCCUGGUCUUCAAGGAUCGAGAAAAGUACGUCACCGGCGAGUUCCGCUUCCGCAAGGGGUUCAACAAGAGCGACAACCGCGCCAUGGUCAAACUCUGGGCGGAGAAGGAGAUGCGGAACCUCAAACGCAUCCACGCGGCCGGCAUACCGUGUCCCGAGCCGCUGUACCUGCGCAGGCACGUCCUGGGGAUGAGCCUUAUCGGAGACUCCAAGGGCAAGGCCGCACCGAGACUGAAAGACGUCGAGUUCGAGGACGACAACCCGGUCGCGAGGUGGCGUGACGUCUACCUUGAUGUCCUCGCGUACAUGAGGGUCAUGCUGCAGGUGUGCAAGCUCGUGCACGCGGAUCUGAGCGAGUACAACAUGCUUUAUCACGGCGGGAAGCCGUGGGUGAUUGACGUGAGCCAGAGCGUCGAGGGCGACCAUCCUCGGAGUCUCGACUUUUUGAGGAUGGACAUCAAGAACGUCAACGACUUCUUCAGGCGGCAGGGCGUCAGCGUGCUCAUCGACAGGAAGGUCUACGAGUUCAUCACGAACCAGACCAAGAGCGAGGACGACGUGCAGAUGGACGUGAUGAGGAAGGAUCUCGACCGCAUCAUGGCCGAGAGAAAAGAGGGCGAGGACGACGAGGUGGAGAACGAGGUUUUUAGGAAACAGUACAUCCCGCAGACGCUGGAUGAGGUUUAUGACGCCGAAAAGGACGCGGAGACGAUGAAGACCGCGGGACGCGAUGCGUUGGUGUACAAAGACCUGCUCGCGCCGGACAAGGCCGAGCUGCAGCGAGAGGCGUCACCGGACGAAGAAGAAGAAGAAGAUGACGACGACGACCAGGACGAGAAUUUCGGUGCGCCGCUGCAGAGGGUCGAGUCGCACUCGCAGGACGAGUCUGGGGACGAGCACUCGGGCGGAGAGUCCGGGAGCUCGUCCGAGGAGACUGGCCGGCCGCGAGGAAAGCGGUUCCAGGACAAAGACGAGAAGAGAGAGCACAAGCGCAAGGUGAAGGAGGAGAAGCGGGAGAAGAGAGCGACCAAGAUGCCCAAGAAUGUGAAGAAGAGAUUGGUCAAGGAGUCUACGAAACGGCGAUGA